AUGUGUUCGUCUCCCAAGUACAUAGUAUUUGAGGAAACACUGCUUGAGUUAUUUGGCCACUGUCUUAAAUGCAGUGACGAGGUCCUGGAAAAGGAGCCAUUGAAAAAGGGUAGUGCACUUAAAGUAACGACACUUUGUAAAAACUCCCAUUCAAAGGAGUGGGUUUCCCAGCCACUUGUUAACAGGGCAGCUGUGGGGAAUGUAUUGCUUUCAGGUGCUAUACUUUUUACAGGAAAUACGUUUUUGCACGUUUCAGAAAUUGCCUCCACAAUAAAUCUUGCCUUUCUGAGCAAAUCGGAUUAUCACAAAUGGCAGAAGCACCUUUUCCCUGUUAUAAAUGAUCUUUGGCAGCAGGAAAAGGCGGCAGUCCUCACUGAUCUCAUAAACAGUAACUCAGUCACUCUCCUCGGGGAUGGACGUUGUGACUCCCCAGGCUUUAGUGCCAAAUACAGAACUUACACCAUGAUGAACAAAGAGAGUGAGAAAAUUGUCAAUUUCAAAGUUUGCCAUGUAAAGCGGAGUACAGGCAAUGGAGAAACAUGGUUUUAAGCUUUGUCUUGACUGCGCACUAAAUAGUGGCAUUCCUGUAGGAGUUGUAGGUACUCACAGGCCCACCGGUAUCAAAGCACUCAUGAGAAGGGAGUACAAGAACCUCGGUGUUGAGUACCAGAUAGACAACGUACCAAGAACAUCAAGUCCAAGCUAG